AUGGACAUGCAACAAAUAUGUCUCGAUAAUAAAACAAUGGUUAAUCAUAAUUCAAUAAAACGUGUAAUUUCUAUAGUUAAUAAUCUUGAAGAAAAAUUAUCAUCCAUUAAAUUAAUUAAUGAUAAAUUACAUGAAUUAAUGUCAAUUGUAUCAAAAACACAUCAAGCUAUUAUUGAUGAUUUAGUAACUGUUAAAACUUUUUUAAAUCAAACAAUUAUUGAACAAGAGGAAGAUGAAAUAAUUCCAAUUGAUGGAACAAAAUCUGAAUGGGACGAUGAUGAUGAUGAUGAUGAUGAUAACGAUAGAUUUCAAUCAAAAAAAUUAAAUAAAAAUAUUCGUGGAGAAAAUUCUCCAUUUAUUCAUCGAACUAAUCGUAUUAAAUUAAAUUCUGCAUCAUCAAAUGAUUCAUCAUCAAUUAUUGAAAAUUAUUCCAAUUCAUUAACAACUAAAAGUUUAUCAAAUAUGAAAAAAUCUGAACGAUCAUUAUCAAGAACAAAAUCUCCUAAAUCAGUUACAUUUACUCUUGAUGAAAAUCUUCAUCAUCAACAACAACAACAAUUACAAUAUGAUACAAAAAAUGAAACAAUUGAUGAAAUAACAACACCAGUAAUUCCGUCUCUAUAUUCUCAUUCAUUGAAACAAAAUCAAUCGGAAUUAAAAUCAAAAAUGGAUAACAUAAUAACAAAUAUUCGUAUUCAUGAAAUUGAAUCAAAAAAUGGUGAUUAUAUUCGAUUAUUAAAUAUAUCAAAUUCUGAUGAUUAUGAUUUGAGUGAACAUUAUUUACAACAAACAAUUCAUUCAAAAUCUAUUUGUCGUUAUCAAUUUCCAUCUAAUACAAUUAUUAGAGCUGGACAUACUGUUACUGUUUGGUGUGGUCAUUUGAAAGAUAUAAUUCCACAGCCACCAUAUGUUUUUCUUUGGAAAGAACAAAAGAAAUGGCAAACAGGACCAUCUUGUCUCACCAUAUUGGCUAAACCAAAUGGACAGCCAAUAGCAUGGUUUCGAAAUCCUUCUCAUAUUGAUCCAGAUCAAUCAUCAAGUGAUAUUUUAUUUGUACACUCAAAAUCUACAACAGGAUCAUCUGAUGUAUCGAAUAAUUCAUCAAAUUCAAUUAAAAAUAAUUCUCAUGUGAAUACGAGACAAAGUCGUUAUUCAUCAUUAAAUCUAAAUGGUAAUAAUAAACCACCAUUUGCCCAUUCACCAAAUAAUCCAAUACAUCCUGAUCAUAAUGGUACAAUGAUAAAUAUACCCAAUGAUCUUCGUUCUCAAACAAAUCAAAGAGUUUCGGUUGGUGUUUCUCAAUUACUUAAUCGUCCUAAAUCAUCUCCAUUUGCAAGCCAUUUAGGUUGUAAACAAGAUAUAAUUACUAGAAAUAUUCUACAAACACAACAAACACAACGGAAUAAACAAACAACUGUUAAAACUUAA